AUGGACUCCGCGUACGAGAUGGGUCACGUUCGCAAGCUGCAGGCCCAGCACAUGCGGAUGCAGGAGAAGACCUUCACCAACUGGAUCAACAACGUCUUCCAGCACGGCCGGGUGGGCAUGAAAAUCCAGAACCUGUACACAGAGCUGGGCGACGGCACCCAGCUAUUGCGGCUGCUGGAGCUCAUCUCAGGGGAGGCCCUGCCACCCCCCAGCCGGGGCCGCCUGCGCGUGCACUUCCUGGAGAACAACAGCCGGGCUCUGGCCUUCCUCCGGGCCAAGGUGCCAAUUCCCCUGAUCGGGCCCGAGAACAUUGUGGACGGAGACCAGACACACAUCCUGGGACUCAUCUGGGUCGUCAUUCUGCGUUUCCAGAUUUCCCACAUCACCUUGGACAGGGAAGAAUUUGGGGCCAGUGCCGCCCUGCUGUCUGCCAAGGAGGCCCUGCUAAUGUGGUGCCAGCGGAAGACAGCCAGCUACGCCAGCGUGCACAUCGCUGACUUCUCCCGCAGCUGGAGCGACGGGCUCGGCUUCUGUGCCCUCAUCCAUGCCCACAGGCCAGAUCUGAUCGACUACAGCUCCCUGCGCCCGGAGCACCCGCUGCACAACCUGGAUUUGGCUUUCCGCAUGGCCGAGCGGGAGCUGGGUGUGGCUCAGCUGCUGGACCCCGAGGACGUGGCGGCCCCUCAGCCCGACGAGCGCUCCAUCAUGACCUACAUCUCACUCUUCUACCACCUCUUCUCCCGCCUACACCAGGGCCAGACCGUCCAGAAGAGACUCACGAAGAUCCUGCUUCAGGUCCAUGAGGCAGAGGAGCUGCAGACCCAGUAUGAGCGGCUGGUGGCCGACCUGCUACGCUGGAUUGCAGAGCAGCAGGUGCAGCUGGAGGCACGAGAUUUCCCAGACUCACUCCCUGCCAUGCGCCAGCUACUGGCAGCCUUUGCCUCCUUCCGCACCCAGGAGAAGCCACCGCGGCUGCAGCAGCGAGGGGCCACUGAGGCCCUGCUCUUCCGGCUGCAGACGGCGCUCCGAGCUCAGAAUCGCAGACCCUUCCUGCCUCCCGAGGGCCUGAGCCCUGCAGAGCUCUCCCAGCGCUGGGCAGGGCUGGAGCAGGCAGAGGCUGCACGGAGCCAGGCCCUGCAGCAACGACUAUUGCAGCUGGAACGGCUGGAAACCCUGGCCCGGCGCUUCCAGCACAAGGCGGCGCUCCGGGAGAGCUUCCUGAUGGACACGGAGCAGGUGCUGGGCCAGGCCGGAGCCCUGCCAGCCAGCCUCGCCAUGGUGCAGGCAGCCGCCCAGAGGCUGGGCAUGCUGGAGGCUGGCAUCCUGCCCCAGGAAGGGCGCUUCCAGGCCCUGGCCGAGAUCACGGACAUCCUCCAGCAGGAGCAGUACCACAGCUGGGUAGAUGUGGCUCACAGGCAAAUGGAGAUCAGCCAGCGCUGGGAGAGGCUCCUGCAGCGUCUCCAAGGGCAGAGGAAGCAGAUGGCCAGCAGGCAGGCUGUGCUGAGCCUGCUGCAGGAGGUGGAGGCUGCCUCCCACCAGCUCCGGGAGCUCCAGGUGCCGGCCAGCUCCACAGCCUGCGGGCAGCAGCUGGCAGAGGUGGUGGAGCUGCUGCAGAGGCAUGACCUGUUGGAGGCACAGGUCUCCGCCCAGGGAGCUCGUGUGAGCCAUCUUGUCCAUCAGACCGCAGAGCUGGACUCCUCAGAGGACCCCAGUGUGGCAGGGCUGCAGGCCAAGGCCCAGGGGCUGACCCAGCUCCAUCAGAACCUGGUGUCCCUUAUCAGGGCCCGGCGGGCCCUCCUGGAGCAGGCCCUGCAGCACGCAGACUUCCUGAGUAACUGUGAGGAGGAGGAAUCCUGCUUGAGGGAACACAGGCAGCUGGUGGAAAGUGCGGCCCUGGCCCGGGAACUCAGCCAGAUCUCAGCCGCCCUGCAGAAACUCAAGGCAGUGGAAGCCGAGAUCCGCCGCCACCAAGCCGUGUGCGCGGAUCUCGUGCGGAGGGGGCGCGACCUCGGCGCCCGCAGGCCCCAGACGCAGCCGGAUCCCGGGGAGCUGGCCGAGGCCGUGAAGGGCGCGUGGCAGCUGCUCCGGGCCCGGACGGCGGGGCUGGGCGAGCGGCUCCAGGCGGCGCUGCUGGUCAAGCAGUACUUCGCGGACGCGGCGGAUGCGGCCUCGUGGCUGCGCGAGCAGCGGCCCCUGCUGGAGGGCGCGUCCUGCGGGCAGGACCAGGCUGGCGCCGAGGCCCUGAUGCGGCGCCACCGGCAGCUGGAGCGCGCCCUGCGCGCCUUCGCCGCGGAGGUGCAGCGGCUGGAGGAACAGGCGCGGGCGGCCGCGGCCCGGGCAUCGCUCUCGGGGGAGCUCCCAGAAGGCUGGAGCAGGGUUGAUGGGGAUGCAACUGGGAGACCCCAGCAUGAGACCCAAAUCUGGGCAGCACUGGGCAGCCAGCCCUCACGCCCCCACGUCCAGAUGCUCUUCUGCUACCAAGGUUUGCACUUCACCAGCCUCCCAGGGAGGGCCCUGGAGCUGGUGCACCAGACGGGCCCUGACACCCAGGAGUUGAGGGACUCGGAGAGCUGCCCAGCCAAGGUGCCCCAGGUGGUUCCUGCCCUGAGCCCCCCGGGGGAAGGCCCAAGGAACCAGGGGGCCCAGGCUUGCUGGGAAGCUUCCAGCCACUCUGGCCCCUGGGGCCCCCAGGAAGUGACCCUGCCGGUUGAGCCUGACCCUGACUUUGAUCCCAACACCAUCCUGCAGACACAGGACAGCUUGAGGCAGGACUAUGAGGGCCUGCAGGCCCUGGCAGAGCUCCGCAGGGCCCGGUUGGAGGAGGUGGUGCUCCUGUUUGCCUUCUACAGCUCCUGUGGAGAGCUCCAGUCCUGGCUGGAGGACCAGGCUGUGCUCUUCCAAAUUCUGCAGCCACAGGCUGACAACUUGGUGGCCUCACAACUCAAAUAUGAGAACUUCCUCACUGCCCUGGCUGUGGGAAAGGGCCGCUGGGCUGAGGUCGGCAGCGCUGCUAAGCAACUGAAGCAGAAAUGUCCUGGGGAUGCCACGAAAAUCCAACAACUGCACGAAGAACUGAGCCAGAGGUGGGGGCAGCUGGAGGCCCUGAAGGAGGAGAAGGAAAGGCAGCUGGUGCAGAUCACGCGCGUGAGCAGUUUUCUGCAGGAGUGUGGAUCCGCACAGGUCCAGCUGCGGGACCUGAUACUGAGGCUGGAAGGCCUGGAGCUGGGGAGCCCAGAGGGCAGCCACCACGUCCUGCCCCUGGCCCAGCAGAAGCUCCCAGUGCUGGAGGGGACAAUCCACCACCUCCAAAGGGUGGCCUCAGAGGUGGAGGAGUCAGGCCCCGAAGAGAGCCGGCCCCUGCAAGAACAGGUGAAGAUGCUGCAAGGGCUGCUGAAGCAAGUGCAGGGGCAAGCGGCCCAGCAGGCCCAGGCCCAGGCGCAGGCCCGGGCCCGGCAGAGCUUCCUGCAGGAGAGCCGGCAAUUGCUGCUGUGGGCAGGCAGCAUCCGGGCUCAGCUGCACAGCAAGGAGGUGGUGGCGGACGUGGCCUCAGCCCAGCAGCUGCUAGCGGAGCACCAAGACCUGCUGGAGGACAUCCGCCCGCAGCAGGAGAGGCCGCAGCAGCUGGAGGCUCAGGGCCAGCACCUGGCAGCUUUGGACUCCCUGGACUCCCAGGAGAUGACCAGUGUCCUGAGGCUCCUGGGCCAGCAGGGCCGGGAGCUGAAGCUGGCCUGGGAGCAGCGACAGCAGCGGCUGCAGGAGGGGCUGGAGCUGCAGCGCUUUGGCCGCAAAGUGGACGGUUUCACCGCUGCCUGUGCCAACCACGAGGCCUUCCUGCGUCAGGACAAACUCGGGGAGGACACUGGGGAGGCCCAGAGCCUGCUGCAACAGCACCGGGAAUUCGAGCUUCUCCUGGACACCCUGGGCCCUGGGGUAGAGGCUCUGCAGGCACAUGGCGAGAGGCUGGCUCAGAGCCAGCACCCUGCAGCCCCCGAGGUCAGAGAGCGGCUGCAGCGUGCCCAGACACAGUGGACCAGGGUCCAGGGAAGACGCGAGCAGAGGAGGAGGCAGCUGCUGGCUUCCCUCCAGCUCCAGGAGUGGAAGCAGGACAUGGAGGAGUUGAUGCUGUGGAUGGAGGAGAAGGGGUUGCUUGUGGCAGGUGAUCCCCCCCGAGAGCCCAGCAGCCUCCUGCGGAAACUCAAGUGGCACGAAGCAGCAGAGAGCGAGCUGCUGGCCACCCGCGGGCACGUGGAGGACCUGCAGCAGGUUGGGAGAGAGCUGCUGAGCACUGGGCCCCCUGCCCAGGGGGACGUGCAGGCCGGGCUGCAGGCCCUGAGUAGCAAGUGGGAAGUGUUGACACGCCAGAUGGCAGAGCAUGGGGACAAGCUGUGGCAGGCCAGACAGCAGGAGCAGCUCCUGGGGCUGCUGCAGGGUGCCAAGGAGAAGUUGGAGCAUCUAGAGGGGAGCCUGCAGAGUAUGGAAAUGGGACAGGACCUGCGCUCAAGCCGGGAGCUGCAGAAACAGCUCUGCCAACUGGAGGGCAAGAGACAGGCGCUGGCCAGUGAGGUGGCCGCCCUCAGCUUCCAGGCCCACCAGGCGGCCAGUUCCCAGACCCUCCUGGAGGAGACCCAGAAGUGCCUCCAGAGGUGUGAGUCCCUGCAGGGGCGUCUGGCCACUCGGCACCAGCAGCUGCAGGCCUCGGUUGAGUGGUACCAGUUUGAUCACUUGAGCAAGAUGGAGCUCGCGUGGGUGGCUGAGCAUAUGCCUAAUGCCAGCUCCCCCCACCACACCAAGAGCUUGGAUGGUGCCCAGAGGCUUUGCCGAAAGCACAAGGAGCUCCAGGCGGAGGUGAAAGCCCACCAGGGAUGGGUGCAGCGAGUGCUGGGUUCCGGCCAGAGCCUAGUAGCCUCCAGGCACCCCCAGGCCCAGCACAUAACGGAGCAAUGCCAGAAGCUGGAGGGCCGCUGGGCAGAGCUGGAGCAGGCAUGUGAGGCACGGGCCCAGAGCCUGGGGCAGGCUGUGGCUUUGCAACAGUAUUUUCUGGAUGUGUCAGAGCUGGAGGGCUGGCUGGAGGAGAAGUGGCCACUGGUGAGCAGCCAGGACCCCGGCAGAGACAAGGCAGCCACCUGCAGCCUCAUCCGGAAGCACCAGGCCUUGCAGCAGGAACUGGCUCGUUACUGGAGCUUCAUGGAGGAGCUUGACGAGAGGGCCCAAACCCUUAUUGACCCUGAGGCCCCUGAGCAACCAGGCGUGGUGCAGGAGAGGCUCCGGGGACAGCUACAGGCAGUACAGGAGUUGGCAGCCACACGGGACCGGGAGCUGGAGGGGACCCUGAAACUGCAUGAAUUCAUGAGGGAAGCCGAGGACCUGCAGAUCUGGCUGGCUAGCCAGAAGCAGGUGGCCGGAGAAGGAGAGAGCCUUGGGGAGGACUAUGAACACGUCCUGCACCUCAGGACCAAGUUUGUGAAGUUCCGGCACCAAGUGGAGAUGGGUGGCCAGCGAGUGGCCACCUGCCAGCAGCUGGCAGAGAGGCUACUGGAACACGGGCACAGCUCUGCCCCCAAGGUCCAUCAGAGGCAGCGGGAUCUACAGGCUGCUUGGUCGGAGCUGUGGGAGCUGAGCCAGGCCCGAGGCCAUCUGCUCCGAGAUGCUGAGGUCACCCUCCGAGUCCACAGAGAUCUGUCGGAAGCCCUCACCCAGAUCCAGGAGAAAGCCGCAAGCCUCCCCGAUGACGUGGCCCAGGACCUGGGUGGGGUGGAGGCCCAGCUGAGGAGACACGAGGGGCUGGAGUGUGAACUCACGGGCACCAAGCGGCAGGUGCAGGAACUGCUGGAGACAGCAGGCAUGGUGCAGAAGCUACGUCCGGGGCCUCAGGCCGAUGUGGUGCAGAGGAGGCAGCAGGCCCUGGAGCAGGCUUGGGAGGCCCUGCGGCUGCAGGUGGAGCAGCGUCGAGCCCAGCUGGAGCGGGCACGCCUCCUGGGCCACUUCCACGCAGCGGUGUGGCACUAUGCCUCCUGGGCAGCCGGGGUGCAGCAGGAACUGCAGGUGGAGGAGAGCUCCCAGGACUUCAGCAGCGCCCCCCUAAAGCUCAGCAUCCACCAACAGCUUCGGGCAGAGCUGAAAGCCCAAGAUGAACUCUAUCAGCAGGCUGCCCAGCUGGGCCAGCAGGCACUUCUGGCUGCAGGAGCACCCACCAAGGAGGUCCAGGAAAGGCUGCGAGCCCUGCAGGACGAGCGGGAGCAUGUGUUCUGGGCCUGGGAGCAGAAGCAAGAGAGGCUGCAGGCUAUGCACCGGGAGCAGCUCUUCCUCAGAGAGUGUGGACGCCUGGACAGGAUCCUCGUGGCCCAGGAGGUCUCCCUGAAAACCAGUGUCCUGGGGAACUCAGUGGAAGAGGUGGAGCAGUUGAUCCACAAGCAUGAGGCUUUCCGGAAGGUGCUGACUGCCCAGGAAGAGAAGGAGAUGGCUCUGCGUGAGCAGGCAAAGACGCUCCAGGGCCCCAGGGUGCAGAAUGCGCUGGACGCUGUGCUGGCACUGCGGGCUCGAGUGAAGGAACUGGCGGGGAGCCGGGGACACGCCCUACACACCUCUCUGCUGACCGCCGGCUUCACCAGGGCAGUGGCCCAGGCCGAGGACUGGCUCCAGGAGGGGGCCCAGCGGCUGAAAGAGCCCAUCCCUCCUGGGGACCUGAAAGAUAAAUCGAAGCACCGGCAAAAACACCAGGCCUUUGAGGCCGAAGUUCGGGCCCACGAGGAGGUCAUAACCUCUCUCUGCAAGAUGGGAGAGGCGCUCCUGGCACAGAGCCCCCCUCGGGCAGGAGAGGUCUCGCAGAAGCUGCGGGCACUGCAGGAGCACUGGGAGAAACUGAGGCAGGCAGUGGCCCUCUGGAGCCAGGACCUAGAGGACCAGCGGGACUUCCUGGACUUCCUGUGGAGAGUGGACCGUGCAGAGGCCUGGAUCCAAGAGAAGGAGGUGACAGUGCAUGUCAGCGACCUGGGUCAGGACCUGGAGCACUGUCUGCAGCUCAGCAGGCACCUCCGCCAGUUCCUAGGAGCCUCAGUGGGGGUAAGGGGGCCCCCCGGGGAGAGUUUGGCCAUGGCAUCCCCCCACGGGAGAAUACGGCUCAGAGGAGGGAAAGAGCGUGGGCUCGGGCCAGCUGGGGCAUCAGGCAUCGACUCAGCACUUACCACCUGUACACGCCGAGGCAGGCUCUGCCGAGCCGCCUUUUCAUCUCUAAAAUGGGACAUGGUGGAUGGAGCCCAUGUCAGGAGCAUCCAUGACUUGUCACUGCAACUCAAGAGCCGGGACCCGGAGGAGAUCAAGGCCAUCUCCCAGCGGCGGAAUCAGCUCACCGACAGGUGGAACCGUUUCCAUGGUAACCUGCUCCAGUACCAGUGGCAGCUUGAGGGGGCCCUGGAGAUACAUACAUUAUCCCAAGAGCUGGACAUUGUCACCGAGAGGAUUGUGGAGAAGGGCUCCCUGCUCCAGGCCCUUGGCUACGGGGAAGAUCUGGAGAGCCUGGAGAGGCUACUAUGGAGACACGAGCAGUUGGAGCAGGAAAUGGGGCUCCUCCAGGCCCGGGUGGAGCACCUAGAGCCCGAGGUGAGCCGCCUCUGCCAGAGAAGCCCCGGGGCAGCCCGCAGCCUCGGCCGCAAGCAGCGGGAGGUGAUGGACGGCUGGCGGCAGCUCCAGAGCAGGGCCCGGAAGCGGAGGGAGUUGCUGGGUGCCUCGCGCCAAGCUCAGAAACUCCAGGCGAUGCUGCAGGAAUUGCUGGCCUGGGCCCGGAGACUGCGGGAGGAGAUGGACAUCGGCAGCACCCCCAGCAGCCCUGCGGAGGCCCAGCGGCUGUUAGAGGAGCACCGGCAGCACAAGGCUGAGCUGGACUCCCGAAUGGACAGCAUCGGCCUGGCCCGAAGCACUGGGCAGCAGCUGCUCGCCGCAGCACACCCAUCCACCCCCGACAUUUGCCAGGCCCUGGCCAGUUUAGAGCAGGAACUGGGCAGUCUGGAAGGGGCCUGGCAGGAGCGUCAGCUACAACUACAGCAAGCCCUGGAACUUCAGCUGUUUCUGAGCUCUGCAGAGAAGAUCGAAAGUUGGCUCUGCAGCCAAGAAGCCUCCCUAGCCAGCGGGGAUCUGGAGGACCCCUUGGCUGACGUGGAGACCCUCCUGUGGAAGCUCAAGGUGCUCGAGCAGGGCCUGGAGGCAGAGGCGGGACCAAUCAGCAAGCUGGAGGCUGCGGCCCGCAGCCUGCACCAGGCCGGACACCCCGGGGCCCAGAGUGCCCUGGGCAGGUGCCAGGCCGUGCUCCUGAGGAAAGAGGCACUCCUGGAGCAAGCCGGGGCCGGCCGUCGCCAGCUGGAGGAGCUCCGGCUGCAGACCUUCCUGCAGGAUUCCUCCGAGGCGGCCAUAUGGCUGAGGGAGAAGACCCCGGGGGCCCUGGACGAGGGCUGGCGGGACCCGGCCACGCUGCAGGCACAGUGGCAGAGGCAGCAGAACCUCCAGGCCGAGCUGGACUCCUCUGCGCACCACCAACAGGGGCUGCAGACGGAGGGGCAGAGGCUGCUGCAGGGGGGCCACCUGGCCUCAGAGACCAUCCGAGAGAGGCUGCAGGAGCUGAGAGAGCUCUGGGACCAGCUUCAGGCCAAGUGCCAGAGGAAGGCGGCUGAGCUACAGGAAGCCUGGGAGGCCCUGCAUCUCCAGCGGAGCCUGGAGGAGCUGGAGAGCUGCCUGGAGCCCGUGGAGGCCGAGCUGCAAGCCACCCUCAGGGAGCAGGACCUGUCCGGGGUGGCCCAGCUCCUGGGGGCACAGGGAGAGCUGGAGGCAGCUGUGGACGGGCAGGCCAGGCAGGCACGGGCCCUGCUGAGCCAGGCCCAGGCCUUUGCCAGGGAAGGCCCCUGCCCCACCAAAGACCUUGAAGAGCAGGCCCGGAGGCUGCUUCAGAGAUUCGAGAACCUGCGGGAGCCGCUGCGGGAGCGCAGGGCAGCCCUGGAAGCCCGUGGCCUCCUCCACCAGUUCUUCAGGGACGCCGACGAGGAGAUGGCCUGGGUGCAGGAGAAGCUGCCCCUGGCUGCGGCCCAGGACUAUGGCCCGAGCCUGGAUGCAGUGUGGCACCUGCAGGAGAAGCACCAGAACUUGGAGAGUGAGAUAAGCAGCCACGAGGCCCUGACCUGGGCGGUGGUGGGCACAGGCCACAAGCUGGUGCGGGCCAGGCACUUUGCCGCCCGUGAGGUAGCCACCCGCGUGCAGGACCUGGAGAGCGCCAUGGGCCGCCUGCGGGCAGAGGUGGCGCGGAGGAGGCUGCGACUGCAGCAGGCGCUGGAGGCCCAGCAGUUGCUGACAGAGCUCCUGGAGGCUGACUCCUGGCUGGCAGAUCGGGGCUGCGUCCUGGACAGUGAGGACCUGGGCCGGAGCGUGGAGGCCACGCAGGCCCUCCUGCGGCGGCUGGAGGCCACCAGGAGAGACCUGGAGGGGUUCCGCACGCGCCUGGAGAGGCUGCAGGAGAGGGCAGUGCUCCUGGAGGGCAGGCAGAACCCAGAGAGCCCCAAGGUGCUGGCCCAGUUGCAGGUGGUGGGGGAGGCCCACGUGGGGCUGCUGCGGAGAGCGGAGGGCAGGGCACAGGGCCUGCAGGAGCAGCUGCAGCUGCACCACCUGGAGCAGGAGGCCCUGCUCCUGGACUCCUGGCUGGCUGGCAAGGUGAUCGCCGCCGAGUCCCAGGACUACGGGCAGGACCUGGAGGGUGUCAAGGCACUGGAAGAGAAGUUUGAUGUGUUCAGAAAGGAAGUCCAGAGCCUGGGGCAGGCCAAGAUGCAGGCCCUGAGGGAGCUGGCCGACUCCCUGGAGCAGGGUGCUCCCGGGCGCUUUCCUCAGAUUCAAGCCCAGAAGAGCCGUGUUGAGGCCACUUGGGAAAGGCUGGACGGGGCAAUAAAAGUCCGCACAGAGAACCUGGCUGCAACCCGCGAGGCCCACAGCUUUGAGCAGGCAAUGGCCGCGCUCCAGGGCUGGAUGCGGGAGAAGGCUGCCCUGAUGGAGGGACGCGGCCCAGGCCACGACCUGCCGGCUGUGCAGAUGCUGCAGCAGCAGCACAGGCGCCUGGAGAGAGAACUGGUGGCUGUGGAGGAGGAGGCUGCUCGGCUGCGGGUGGAGGCCCACCGCCUGGGCCAGCUGUGCCCCGCGGCUCGGGAGGGCCUGGCCAAGCAGCUGGCCGAGAUGCAGGAGGCCUGGGCCGCCCUGGAAGGGAAGGCCCAGCAGCGGGGCCGGCAGCUGGAGCAGGCUGCCCAGGGCCAUGCCUUCCUCCGGCGCUGUCGGGAACUACUAGCAUGGGCUCAAGAGAGGCAGGUGCUGGUGUCCUCAGAGGAGCUGGUCGGGGACGUGGCAGGAGCUGAGAGGCUCCUUGGGCAGGUUGAAGAGCUGGGGCAAGAAAUCGAGAAGCAGUGCCUUCGAGCCCAGGACGUGCGGCAGGAAGGGCAGCAGCUGGUGGACAACGGCCACUUCAUGUCCCCGGAGGUCAUAGAGUGUCUGCAGGAGCUGGAAGGAGGGCUGCAGCAGCUCCAGAAGGCCUGGGCCCUGCGCCGGGAGUGCUGUGAGGAUAGCUGGGAGCUGCAGACGCUGCGGCAGGGGCUGGAGCAGGCUGAGGCCUGGCUGGCCUCCCGGGAGGGCCUCCUGCUGGAUCCCAACUGUGGGCACUCAGUGUCUGAAGUGGAGUUGCUGCUCCACAGACAUCAGGGCUUAGAGAAGCUGCUGGCAGCCCAGGAAGACAAGUUUCACCAACUGCAGAAGCUGACAGAGAUGGAACAGAAGCUGCUGCAGCAGUUGAAGGCCGAGAGUUGGGAACCUGGGAGACUUGGCGGGAGGGGCAGCCAGUGGACACCCCUCCAGGGGAGGCCCGCCAGACACCAGGGGCCGGGAGCUCAGCAGGCCGAGACGAGGGCCCCGCAGCCCGGUGUCCCCAUCGGGGGCCUGUCCCUGGUGAUGGUGCAGGCAGCCAGGCAGCAGGCGCCCAGCGGGGCCGGGACUGUGGUGGUUGCAAAGGGUGCCCCCAGCACAGAGGGGAUUUUGGAGCAUAAACAACAGCCCCUGCCUGGGGGAAGGCAGCCCAGCUUGUGCUCCUGGGAGAGCUGCCCUGGGGCCUUCCUGGGGGGCUCCCUAAACCUGCUGCCAGCUGAGCGGAUGGCAACUGCAGCCCAGACAAUGGCUUCCACAGCCACCCUUGACCUGGCAGGAGCCCACUGCAACAAGUCAGGGGACCAUCAUGGCAGGAAACACACUUUCUCCUUAAGGCUGAGCAGCAGGCCAGAGAUCCUCCUUGGAGCACCACCCGAAGGGCAGGCUGAGAGCUGGCUGCGAGCCCCGAGCAGCAAGACAGCCCAGCUGAGCCCAGAAUUCAAAGCCAGACCUCUCGGCUUCCCCCGUGAGAGCACUGAGAGGCUGCCCAGCAAGGCAGCUCUGCCCAGAUUCGACCACUGUCCCAGCCCAGGGGCUCAGCCCGCCACCGCCCUGCCUGUCCCAACUUCCCCCACUGAGGGAGACGGCUGUGUGCACAAACAGGCGCUCGCAGCCCUGUCCGCUCCCUCACCCGGCUGGUCCUGCAGAGAAAACAGCACGAGGCUCCCAAGGCCUUUCCCACUCCGGCCAGGCCCAGGGACUGGGUCCUGAAGUGAGCCCUGAGGUGGCACCGAAGCUCAGGGGGACAAGUGAGGACACGCUCUAGGGGAUGAGAACAAGACUCGGCUUCAGGAGUCAUUUAUAAGCAGAGUGAAAGGCAGCGAAAACGUCAUGGGAAGGAACCAGAAGUCAAUGGAACCCAGAGAAGCCAGCAGAGACCACCAUGUGCAUUGCCACGUGACAGAAAAGCCAAGAAUCAAGGAUCACCAGCAACCAGCCCCAGAACGCCACAGCCUUCUGGGAGAAAG